CAACAACAGCAGCAGCAGCAACAACAGCAACAUGUAAAGGAAUUGAACUAGCUCCUCAGUAACAUUGCAGGGGUGGCCUUUCUCUAACCGCACUUGAACUCUCUGGUGUUAGAGAAUGGCUACUACUGGAGCAGUGCAAAGAGUGUAUGAGAUCCUCUUCUCAGUAGCCUUUGGAGUCCCUGAUGAGGUAGUCUUCAUAUGGAGGAAGGUCAGGGAAGUGGUGCUAGUGCCAGCAAUGAAUAUAGCAGUCAUCAUGUGCCUUAUCAUGUCGGUGAUGGUCUUCAUCGAGAAGUUGGUCAUGGGUGCUGUCAGUCUUUAUGUGAAAGUCUUUCAUAGGAAGCCUGAGAAAAUCUACAAAUGGGAAGCUCUCAGAGAGGACGUGGAGAUUGGCACUUCAGUGUUCCCCAUGGUACUCGUUCAAAUUCCCAUGUUCAAUGAGAAAGAGGUAUAUAAACUGUCCAUUGAAGCUGCAUGUAACCUGACAUGGCCUUCAGAUAGGGUCAUUAUACAAGUGCUUGAUGAUUCCACUGAUCCUGUUAUUAAGGGAUUGGUGAGAAAUGAAUGCGAAAAAUGGCUGAGAAAGGGGAAGAACAUCAGGUAUGAGACAAGAAACAACAGAAAUGGAUACAAAGCUGGUGCACUGAAAGAAGGAAUGAAGUAUAAUUAUGUGCAAGCAUGUGAUUAUAUUGCCAUGUUUGAUGCUGAUUUCCAACCAUCUCCUGAUUUUCUCAUGAGAACUGUUCCUUUCCUGGUUCACAAUGAUGAUGUUGCUCUUGUUCAAGCUAGAUGGAAGUUCGUGAAUGCUCGUGAAUGCUUAAUGACUAGAAUACAAGAAAUGUCAAUGGAUUAUCACUUCAAAGUGGAACAAGAAUCUGGUUCAUCAACCUUUGCAUUCUUCGGUUUUAAUGGGACUGCUGGUGUUUGGAGAAUCAAAGCUAUCGAUGAUGCUGGAGGUUGGAACGAUAGAACUACUGUGGAAGACAUGGAUUUAGCUGUUAGAGCAGGACUUGGAGGUUGGAAAUUUAUUUAUGUUGGUGACAUUAAGGUUAACAGUGAACUUCCAAGCACUUUGAAGGCUUACCGAUAUCAACAACAUCGUUGGUCUUGUGGACCUGCAAAUUUGUUCAGAAAAAUGGCCUGGGAAAUUAUACAAGCAGAGAAAGUUUCAUUUUGGAAGAAAUUCUAUGUGAUCUACAACUUCUUCUUGGCUCGAAGAAUUAUAUCACAUUAUGUCACCUUCUUUUUUUACUCCAUUGUGAUUCCACUGGCAGUUUUUUUCCCUGAAGUGCAUCUUCCAAAAUGGGGUGUAGUUUACAUUCCAACAGCAAUCACUCUUCUAAACUCCGUCGGUACUCCAAGGUCAUUCCACCUAAUUAUCUUCUGGGUUUUGCUUGAAAACGUAAUGUCAUUGCAUCGAUGCAAAGCAGUUUUCAUCGGUCUGUUAGAAGCAGGAAGAGCUAAUGAAUGGGUGGUCACAGAAAAAUUAGGAGACAUGUUGAAAACAAAACCAGACACAUCUGUUACUAACAAAUUUCAAAUCAGGUUCUGGAAAAGAUUUCAUGUUCUAGAGCUUGUGGUUUCAGUAUUCCUCUUGAUAAGUGCAAGCUAUAACUUGAUCAAUGGAGGAGACAGUUAUUAUAUGUACAUAAUUCCACAAGCAAUUUCAUUCUUUCUGGUUGGGAUUGGUUAUGUUGGCACUUUCAUUCCAACAGAUAAGUGAAAAAUUGAAAAGCAUCCUGUUCUUUGAAAUGGUUCAGAGUUUAUUGUAUUUGUUAUAAGGCUAGUUUGUGCACGUUGUUGUAAAAUAAUGUAAUUGUGCUAAUGUCCAAGUUCUUUUUAAAUAUCAAGAUUAAUAAAUGUUAG